UAAUGGUUGCCAACGUCAUAUCUCGGCAGGCUCUCUCUCUCUCUCUCUCUCCAAAAACUCUGUUCAUCUUUCUCUCUCUUUCCCCACAAACCAUUGGUCGUGAAAGAGUGCAGGAAGGCAAAGAUCCAAACCCUAAUUCUCUCUCUACUCCUCCGAUCCAGGUAGUUCCUGUACAGUUUGCACCAAAGCCCUAGUUUCGGACUUGGUUAUAUUAAUAUCAUUGGACCUUUUUUUUGAAGCUUAUAACAUUCGAAAUUAGAGAAGUAGACUGAUAUUUUGAGGAUAUGUGUAAUGGAUGAUUUCAAGAUUUGAGUAAACUUAUUGAAUUUCAUAGAAUACGGUUGUUGCUAGUGGAUAAUAUUUGGCCAAAUUGGGCAAGAAAGUUGGCCUUCUAUUGUAUAUCCCUGUAUGCUCUGCGUUUAUUGUAGGUUGAGCUUGGAUCGUAGCACCAUAUAGCUGAGUUAGCUUCAUCUGAUUCGUAUUAGAUCAGGUUUAACAGUAUAUGAAUAUACACAUCAGUAGAUGAUGGAAUGUAGCGGUGGGAACUUAUAUCUUAUUCUUUGAAAUUGCUGUAUGAGGAUUUGGAUUGCUUUAAUUGAAUCAUUUUAUCGGUGACUUUACUGGCUAUGUGAAGUGGGUAGGAUUAGAAGCGGUUAGUGAUAGGAUUUCUCGAGGUGGAGUGUUUUUGGUAAUAUGAGUAGUGAUUUUUUGGUGUUGCUUUGUGUGUGGAGUUGAAUUGGGAUAGUUGAAUUAGGUUGGUGAGUAGAGGUUUUUCUGGUUGGGAGAGUAGUGGAUUGGCAAACUCUUGGGGAGAAUAAUAUUACCAAGCAUUGCAGAAUGAGCUUACAAGAUGAAGAUCAAAGCUUACUUGCGAAAGCUCCUGAAACAUUUCACGAAUCUCCGAAGCAUUCAAAACUCUCGUAUACCAGAGAGUUUCUUUUAUCCAUAAGUAAAUUGGAUGCUUGCCAGAAGUUGCCAAGUGGAUUUGACCAAUCAAUUCUAAGUGAAUUUGAGGAUACCUCACAUAGCACACAAGAUCGGCAAAGAAUUUCUGGCAAUUUUCUAUUCCAAGGUUUCAGACGUAGUGAUUAUGGCUCGUCCCCACCAACCAGAGGGGAUUCAUGGAAUAAUUCCCGAGGAAUUUAUGGGAGAUGGGAUAGUCGUUCUUCUGGGCGGAGUGAUAUGGACAGUGACUCGCAAUCUGACUUGGAUUCAGAUUCUGGAAAAUGUUAUGGUGACCAAUCUCGGCCAUCUUUGCAAAGUACUGAGCAUGAUGGGCUUCUUGGGAGUGGUUCAUUUCCAAGAACAUGUGGAUAUGCAGCAGGGAUGUCUACUCCAAAGGUUCAGGCAAAUGAUCACUACCAGCUUAACAGGAGCAAUGAGCCAUAUCAUCCUCCACGCCCUUAUAAGGCUGUACCUCAUUUGCGGAGGGAGACUAAUGAUUCGCUCAAUGAUGAAACAUUUGGUUCUUCUGAGUGUACAAGUGAAGAUAGAGCAGAAGAGGAAAGAAGGAGAAGAGCUUCUUUUGAGUUGAUGAGGAAGGAACAACAGAAAGCACUUCAAGAGAAGCAGAAAUCAAGCAUAGACAAACAUAGAAAUCAUGGUGUCUCAGAUAUUGCGAUGUUGCUGGAGGACAUGAAAACAGAAAAGAGACUUUUGGACAAAAAAAAUGAAUUGGAUGUGCUUGUGACACCUUCUGUUUCAAAUAAUGAUUCUGGCAAGUCUUCUCUUGCUUCUCAAGUUCCCCCAUCUAGACCACUUGUACCCCCGGGAUUUACAAGCUCAAUUCUGGAGAAGAAUGCUGGUACAAAAUCUUUAGUUCAUCCACAGUCAAGAGAGGUUGGAAUACCUGAUAUUGAGCAAAGCCUAUUGCAUGCCAAUAUUAGCCCUUUGCAAAAUGGGACUCUUCAUAAUCAAGAGGAGAGGGAGUCAAGACAUGAAAUGGGGUUAAGUGAGCAGCUGCCUGAAGAUAAGAGUAUUCAUGCACCAUAUCCUGACAAGGGUGAAAAGAUUGAGAAUACAUCGCCAGGUCCAGAAGUUUCUAAUGAGAAACUUGGCAUGGACGAGCAUCAAUACAGGAUCUCUAGUCUUUCAGAAGCCCAUGAAGACCUUGGAAAUGGCGAAAUCAUUGAACUUAAUGCCAAGGUUACAGGGCAUAAAAUUGUUAGUGACUCCAAUCAUGGAAAUUCUUCAUCAAUUCUAGAACAGAUUUUUGGCAGUGCUUUGACAACAAAAAUUGGUGGCACUUCAGAUGUAAUUAAGCAUAAUGAUAGUAAACUAGAGGACACUUGGAGCCCUAAAACUGUCCAGUCUUCAAAGUUUGCUCAAUGGUUUUCUGAAGAAGAAACGAAGCCAGCAGAUGAUCUCUCACUGGGUUGGCCAAAUGACUUGCUUUCGUUGAUUGUUGGUGGUGAGAAAGGUGGAUUACAUGUUUCUGAGGUGAAAGCUACCCAGCACAUCCCAUCCCAAUUUUCGUACCCACGUUCUGAAGUCAGUAAGGGGCUUAUGACAUCUAAUAUACCUUCUCUCAGAACUGGGAUCUCUGAGCCGCUGUAUGAUUGUAUUAAACAAGAGGCAGUUCCUGCUGUCCUCACAUGUGAAGAUCUUGAACAGACUAUUUUGUCACAGUUUAGUGAGAAGAGUUCAACUUUGGAACCAUCUGUGCAAAGCUGGAGUGUGUCUGGAGCAAAGGCUGAACAGCCAAGAGCAAAUGUUGAUGAUUGUGCAUCUCAACACCUCCUUUCACUUUUACAGAAGGGAACAGUGCCAAAUAGUAUGGCACAACCUCCCCUUGUUGACACUGUAUCCUCAGACAAACUUCAUGUCCCAGAAUUGGGUAGUACCGUCACUGCACUUGACAAUCCAACAGAGGCAAAUGUCAAAAAUAGUCACAACAUGGGAAAGACUCUUACCCUUGAAACACUUUUUGGGACUGCUUUCAUGACAGAGCUAAAAUCGGUUGAAGCACCAGUUUCUAUCCAAAGGGGCUCAGUUGGAUCAGCGAGAUAUGAUGUUAUGGAACCUCAUGGGUCAACCUUCCCAGUCUUAGAUGAUGGUCUCUUUCCUUCUACAGUCGGUGAAAUUGGAUACCAGAGGACACGUUAUGAAAGCAAUGUUUUGGCUUCAAAUCACAGACAGCAAACCAAGUUGGAUAAGAGCAAUAAUUGGUUACGAUAUGAUGAUCCUCUAAUUGAAUUGGACUCAUCAGAGCUUCGGAAUGAAGUAGCAUCUAAUCAUGAUGGCUUUGAUGGGGCAGUUGAGGUACAGCUGCCAGAGGAGGAGAGCUUGAUAGCACUUGGUGAUUCUGCGAACCCUCCGAAUUCAAUAUUCAUGCCUGCUGGAUAUUCGUCUAAAGGUGAAUUAGCAUCUUCAACCACACCAGUUGACAUAGCAGAGAAACUGGCAGCCCUGAAUGUGAUGUUCAAAGAUGAACGUUCAUUGGUUGGUCAGGAGGGUACAUCUUUUGUUCGUGGUCCUUAUGACCUAAUGGAGCAUGAGAUUCCUUACCACAAUCUUCAUGCUCAACCAUCAACCCCACAGUUUCAUCUUCCACAAACCAGUCAUGGGAGGCCUUUGUUCCAUCAAUUGGAUUCUCAUCCUGCCAAUGUGAGUUCCCAGAUGAAGUUCAUGGCUCCAGAAAGCAUCAUUCAUCACGACACUCCACCUAGUCAUCAGUUUUCCACUAAUAUGUUACGCCCUCCUUUCCAACAUACCAACACAAGGAUGCCAGGAUUUGAUCUUCCUUCUAGUCAUCCAUUAUUACAGCACAGGCAAAUGCCAAACAAUUAUCCUCCACCUCACCUCCUACAUGAAUUUCCCAGGGGUGCCCGUUUACCGCCUCAUCCCAGCAAUGGGGCAACAGGUUUCAUGCAGGACCCAAACAUGAUGCAAAGGUUUCCUUUUGGUCACCAGCAACCCAAUCUUAGUGGCAUUGGAACAGCAUUGCCUGCUCUUGAAGUUAAUAGUGGAAGCAAUCAUCCAGAGGCCUUCCAAAGGCUCAUAGAGAUGGAACGCAGGGCGAAUGCAAAGCAGACCUACCCUUUUCCUGUUGGUCACAAUCAGGGGAUGUAUGGUUGCGAGCUAGACAGGGGGUUCCAUUACAGAUAGUCGAUUGCAGUUGUGAACAAAGGGCCUGUAACAUGAAUUCUUACAUUUUUUUUUUUUUUUU